AUGGUUGCAUUGUCAACCUCAGCGUGGAACAGACAAAUGUCGUGGUUCUGUUCCAUCGUCAUAUUUGUGACUGUUGUGACGUGUCACAGUCAGAUUAGUGACCCACACUACCUGCUCCUGGAUAUGACGUCAGACUUCCGGCACUGUUUCAUACGGUGCUACCAACACGAGGGGUGUGGAAGUUUCACGUUCUCACCCCAGACGGCCGAGUGUUGGGGGUAUCUGACUGGUUACGAGGACGAGGUUUCCCACCAAAGAGGAUUCCAACAGUACCGUCUGUGCAGGUCUCGAGGAUGUCCGAAAUACGAAGGCUUCAUGCAACUGCAGACAGAGCUGUGUGUACAGUUUGUCAAAAGCAGUGUCACCUGGAGUAAAGCCAGACAGUUGUGCUCGCUCCAACACAGUCACCUGGCUGUCAUUAACACCGUACACAAGUUCAGAGCCAUCAAAAAGUCCUUGACUACAGGUUACAUGUGGAUCGGGAUGAGACGUGACAGAAGAAAGAAAUACAGGUGGGUCAGGGGUCAGUCUACCUGGGCCCCGUGGGGUCCAAAAGACCCAUCCUACGGCACAGAGAAGUGUGUGGUAAUAACAAAGAACGGCGCCGGAGAUGUCCGAUGCAGCGACUCUCUCUCUUACAUCUGUGAAAUACAAAUUCAAAGCAAACAUCAUAGUGACGCAUGA